CACUAUUUAAAUAGCCUCCAAACCGAUGAUUAUUUGGAGAAGCUUGAUCAGCCCUACUGAGGUUGACAACACCAAGCUGUUCAUCUUGGACGGAGAAACUUGGGUUUUUGCAGAAAAAGUAUCGACAAUCAAGAUAAACAUGUUAGGUGUUGUCAUUUUUUGCGGAUUAUUCUUUGCAAGCCAGCAGCAAGAUGGUGUCGCCUUCAAAAUGUGCUGGACCGAGUGGUUUGACCGAGACGAUCCCAGUGGAUCUGGAGACUGGGAAACCCUUGUCGAUCUUCACAAAGUGCACCCAGGAAAGAUCUGCCCAAAACCAGCAGCUAUUGAGGCCCAAACUCUAACUGGGCUCAGUGUGGCUGCAGCCGGGGAGGUGAUUCAAAUAAGUGACACAACUUCAGGGUUCGUCUGCAGAAACAAAGACCAACCCGACAAGAGGUGUAAUGAUUAUCGCGUUCGUUUCAGCUGCCCUGCCUCUUUCUGUGAUACAGAUGUGUGCUGGACCAAGUGGUUUGACCGAGACAAUCCCAGUGGAUCUGGAGACUGGGAAACCCUUGUCUCGCUUCACAAAGAGAACCCAGGAAAGAUCUGCCCAAAACCAACAGCUAUUGAGGCCCAAACUCUAACUGGGCUCAGUGUGGCUGCAGCCGGGGAGGUGAUUCAAAUAAGUGACACAACUACAGGGUUCGUCUGCAGAAACGAAGACCAACCCGACAAGAGGUGUAAUGAUUAUCGCGUUCGUUUCAGCUGCCCUGCCUCUUUCUGUGAUAGAGAUGUGUGCUGGACCAAGUGGUUUGACCGAGACGAUCCCAGUGGAUCUGGAGACUGGGAAACCCUUGUCGAUCUUCACAAAGAGAACCCAGGAAAGAUCUGCCCAAAACCAGCAGCUAUUGAGGCCCAAACUCUAACUGGGCUCAGUGUGGCUGCAGCCGGGGAGGUGAUUCAAAUUGACACAACUAAAGGGUUCGUCUGCAGAAACAAAGACCAACCCGACCAGAAGUGUAAUGAUUAUCGCGUUCGUUUCAGCUGCCCUGCCUCUUUCUGUGAUACAGAUGUGUGCUGGACCGAUUGGUAUGACCGAGACGAUCCCAGUGGAAAUGGAGACUGGGAAACCCUUGUCGAUCUUCAAAAAGAGAACCCAGGAGAGAUCUGUGAACAUCCUCUGCACAUUGAGGCUGUUACUACUGACACAAAUACCCCAUCCACCUCAACAGGGGACAAAAUCUUUCUCUUCUGUCCAAGCAAGGGAUUCAUUUGCCGGAACGAGGACCAGGAAUGUGAUAAAUGCCUCGACUACAAAGUCCGGUUUGGGUGCUCGUGCUAGAAAAAAGCCCAGACUCUACCACAAUCACUGGGGAGAAGAGUCAUUAUUUCAAUUUUGAUCACUUGAAAUUUUGUCUGAUUUUUCUUUCAUGUUAAAUUUACUUUCAUAAUGUGCCAGGUGGAGGAAGUACAAUAGACCUUUUUCGAUCUUAAAAGAAUUUAUUCGGAAGUGUGGUGUGUUUACGACAGAUGGUCUGAGCAGUAUCUAUGUAGUCAGUAGGAGGUACUGGAAAGCAGUUCAAUGGUAAUUUUAUAAUUUAAAAUACAGAUUUAGUUUGCAGUAAAGUAAAUGUAUACACUCAAUCUUAUAAAAUGCGUGUUUAUGUGGGAUUAGGGAUUGUUCGACUCAGAAUAAUAUGAAUAUAAUGAUGAUUUAUUAAAAGCAAUCAUGCAA